GUUAGACACCAGUCCAUCCAUCUGACCUGCCAGAGACGUCAAAAUCGAAUUAAGAGUUUCCAAUGGGAAGACGCCGGGCUCCCUGACUUCAGACGCUCCGCGCGCUGCUGCUGCUGCUGGAGAACCUCUGAGAUGCUCGAGCCUCCCCAUGUAGCGAAAGGAUGAGAGAGAAGACGCUGCCUCCUCUCACUGACAGUCACCGGGACACUGGAGCAAUUCUUUUCCUACUUUGGGGACCUCAUUCGUAACCCAUUCGCAACUCCGAAACAUGCCCCGAAGGUUCAGUCUCGAUGGUCAUGGCGACCUCUCCCUCAGCACCCCCUCUGAAGUCUUGAAGUUAUUUGGGAUGCUCGUCUUGGUCAACGUCACCCUUUCUUGCCCCUUGAGCUGCUACUGCCAUAACCAGACCAGCCUGGUGCAAUGCCACCUCUUGACCCCUCAGCAGGAGUUUCCGGAGGGUGUCCCUCCCUGGGUCCAGAACCUGUCAUUCGUUGGAAGCAAUAUAAGUGUCCUCCAAGGCUCCUUCUUCCGAAGCUACGAGAUACAUUUAACCAACCUGACAAGUCUCCUCCUCAGCAACUGCAACAUCCAAGCCAUAGAUGCCAAGACGUUCAUUGACCUUCCCACCCUGACCACCUUGGACCUUAGCAACAACCCCCUGGACUCCUUAUCGAAUGAAACCUUUCUUGGAUUAAGUCAACUGGAAACCUUAAAGUUAAACAAUGCCCUUCGAGAAGUGUCUCAGAAGCUUCUAUUUAACCAACCGUGGACCGAAGCCUUGAGGAACCUCCGGACUUUAGAACUUACCGGCAAUGACUUCCAAGCUUUCCCCAAGAACGUCUUGGAUCUCCGAAGCCUGCAGACCGUCUACCUUGGGAACAAUUCUAUUAAGUCGAUCGAUAAAGAAACGAUUUUGCAGCUCAAGGAGAGGAAAGUUCGGGUCUAUCUAAGCCCAAACCCGGUAGCCUGCGAAUGUAACACUCUAGACAUGAUCCUGUGGAUAAAAAAUACGUCUCAGACCUCGGAAGCCCAAAGCCUCCAGUGCUUCUCUCCGCCCAACGUAAACGGGACCCUGGUGUCCAACCUGAAGACUGAAAACCUAAAGUGCAUCAGCCAGGGACUGGAGACGGCCUCCUACGUCUUUUUUGGGAUAGUCCUGGCUCUGAUAGGAGUUAUAUUCCUCAUGGUACUUUACCUGAACCGACGAGGGAUGAAGAAGUGGCUCAAUAACUUUUGGGAAGCUUGUCGGGACCAGAUGGAAGGAUAUCACUACCGAUACGAGCAGGACUCCGACCCGAGAAGGUUGAACGCCUCAACCGGGAUCUAACCGGACAAAAUAGUCCCCUCGAAGGGGGAGUUCUUACUAUUUAUUGAAAUGCAAUGAGGAAUGAAGUCAUAACUAGUGUUGAGCGCCGAAUAUUCGAAAUGCUAAUUUUUACCGCCAAUAACGGCACUUCGCGAUUAUGUGAAUAUUUAGAAUAUAGUGAUAUAUAUAUAUAUAUUCAUAAUGACGAAUAUUUGUUUUUUUUAUUUAAUAUAUGCAAAUUUAUGCUAAUGUUUAUGCUGAUAUUUAUGCAAAUAUUUAGGCCACUAUCGGCACUUCCACACUGGAUACUGAUCCCUCCUUUCUUUUAGGUGAAAGAUAUAAUUGUGCAUGCGAAUUUUCGUUUUUUUUUUACAAAAAAAAAAAAACUAAAGAGAACAAACAUAGCGAAUGUGUGAAUUUCGCAAACAUAGGACGAAUAUUAAUCAAUAUAUUCGAAUAUGGCCCCUGACGCUCAUCACUAGUCAUAACAUGUAUAUAGUGUAUAUGUAUCCUGUAAAGCAUUGUUUCCAAACCAGGGUGCCUCCAG